AUGGAUACUUCUAUGUCAGAUUCCGAACUACUUAAAAACGACACCCCACCAAACUUUUCUUCCUACCGUAACAAAAGAAAACGUCACGAUGAAAUAACCACAGAACUAGAAGAAUUUAAAGAAGACAUGAAAAAAAUGCUUACCAGGCUCUUUGCUGAGCAUAAGAAGGAUUCGGAAGGAAUUAUGCCUACUUUAAAGGAAAUAAAAGUCGUGAAUACUAAUAUUGAAGCCUCAAUAUCUUUUCUUACGGCCCAGAACGAAGAGCUUAAGAAGAAAAUAGAAUUGUUAGAGAGUCAAUCUAAGGAAGACAAGAAACAGAUUACGUCAUUAGAAGAGAAGAUUGAAGACCUACAGAGAGGGCAAAGAAAGUGUAAUAUAGAAAUAAAGAAUGUGCCCAUAGUGGGCCAAGAAACGAAUGUCGAUCUCCUGAAAAUGGCCGCUAGUCUUGGAAAGGUCUUAGGUAGUGACCUAGACACCAACCACAUAAGAGACAUCUACCGAGUCCGAAGCAGAAAGCCCAAUGCCAAAAACAGCUCUAUCAUAAUGGAGGUAAACUCUACGUUAAAAAGAAAUGAUAUCAUUAGGAAAUGUAAAGAAUUUAACACCAAACAACCGAAACUCUGCGCAAGGCACCUAGGCCUCACUGCAAAUACAGAAACCCCUAUUUACCUAUCGGAACACAUGACACCUCGUGGCUCUAGACUACACUUCCUAGCUAGAGACCUAAGCCGAUCUAGGUCCUAUAAGUUCUGCUGGACUUCCUUUGGUAAGGUCUAUGUAAGGAAGGAUGAGAGAUCGCCGGUUAUAUGGAUUACGUCCGAGGGGCAGAUUCAGCAACUUGUUUCCGAAAAGUGA